CUAACACAGGAAGCACAGAGGCCUGUCUACACCGCUUCUUCUUCUGCGUACAUUUACACAUCUGUUCUUGGGGAGCGGAACUGAACUGUGGCUAGAUGGAGAAGAGGUUGGUUGGUUAAAGGAGUGGUUGGUUCCUGCUCUUAAAGACAGUCUACUGGAGAUCGAGUAGCUCUCUUCCCCCCGCAGUCAGAUAGUCAGUAAGCCUGAAGUUGGACCCCACAGCAUCACCAUGAGCGGAAAACGGAAACUGAGUUUAAAGUGGUUUGGAAUUCUCCCUAACUUCUCCUUUCGUCGCAGCUCAUUGUCUGACAAAUUCGACUCCAAGUCCUCCUCCGCCGAGCCUGAUGGGGCUGUGGAGACGUUUUUUGACGACAUGGAUGUGAUGCAUCCAUGCACAUCCAGCUCCAGCGACAACUACACCCACAUGGGCACCUUUCCCCGCUUCCUCCUCAGGAAGAGAGACAAGAGUGGGAAUUCUGGGAAGAGAGGGACCAAGAAGAUCAAGGAGAAGACCGGGGCAAGGCUGGGCAGGAGUCAGAGCCAGCGGCCGGCAGGGGACCAUGUGUGUAGCUCACACCUGCUCAUUGCACAAUCCAGCCGGCCUGGCUCCAGAAAUGACCAGCCUCUCUCACUUUUAUCCACCCAGGCUGGUCCUGGUCCAAGGCCCCAACGGGACCAAGGGCUGCCUCCCAUCCCCAGAGGAGGAUCACUCGAUAGGAAUGAACACGGAGACCCACAGGCCCACUGUGAGGAAGAAGAACCACACCAAGGGCAGCUUAUGUCAGCUCAGGAUGUGGGAUCUAGUACCUCUAACGCCCCGCCGCUCACUUGUGAAGACGUCUCCAAAGAACGCGCAUUCACCACUGAUCAGGGUGCAUCUUCAGAUACAGCUUCAACUGGUGGGGCUAGAAGGAACCUUGCUACUGUUCCUGAGCCACCUCCAACCCCCAAGCUUCUAAAGAAAACCUUGCAGCAGCCUGGGACCCUUGUCACCCAUCAGAUCGAGGAGGGCCUCCCCAUGAAGAGAGCCGAUAACCUGGGUACAGACAGUAACUCCAGCCCCCUGCCUGAGAGGGCCUCCAGUGGUUCUACUGAUAGAGACCUGGGAGAGGGCCUUCAGAGGGAAAGCCAGGCUGUUAAACCUGUGGACAGUCACAUGGACCAAGUAGACAACAAGACUGAAUAUGUCAAGAUCUCUCAGGCGGAAGAGGACUGCCAGGCCCGGCCUGAACUGGACUGGGCUGGCCUGGACUCGACUAGACUGGACCGGCCCGGCCUGGACUGUUUCUCCAAGGAGAAGUACCUGCUGGAGUCUCCACCAGAGAAACUACGGAAGGAGCUGGAGGAGGAGCUGAAACUCUGCAGCAGCGAUAUCAGGAGCCAUGGCUGGUACCAUGGACACAUCCCUCGAGAGCUGUCGGAGACUGUAGUCCUGCAGAACGGGGAUUUCCUGAUCCGUGAUUCGCUGAUUAACAUGGGCGACUACGUCCUAACGACCCGUUGGAACCACCAGGUUCUGCAUCUCAGGAUCACCAAGGUCCUGGUUAAGUCCAGCACUGAGUCGAAGGUCCAGUACCUGUUAGAGACGGACAGCUUCGACUCCAUACCUGAACUGGUGAGGUUCUACGUGGCCGGCCGGCGGCCUGUCUCCCAGCCCAGUGGAGCCCAGAUCUACUGUCCAAUCAUACGCACCCUACCCCUGCGCUACCUGGAGGCCACAUUUGCCUUAGCCAAUAGCAGGCACAGCCUGGCCCACUCACCGUCCAGUCAGAGAGGAGCGUACAUCAAGAGGCGGAGCGUAACCAUGAACGACGGAUUGACCACAGAGAAGCUGAUACCUCACAGCCCUUCUACUAUUCACAACCACAAGGAUGCGAUGAGGAACUGUGCCGUGAGUAUGGAUCAGAUCCAGGAGUAUCGCUGUCCCCUGUCUCCUGUAGGAGAAACACCUCUCUCCCCAGCAUACAGCCACAUCCACAGACACAGAACCCAGUCAGGGGGUAGAGUUCUGGCAGUGGUUCCCCCCUCACCAGUCCUGAGACGCUCCAGCGAGCCCCAGCUCAGCCCUGGCUCCAACAACAACCUACCCGACAUGCUAGCUGCCAGCUCCCACUCCACCCCGGCCCACUGCUCCUGCCCAGCCCCAGCAGGGGGCUCUGGAACAGAGGGAAGCUACUGCGACCUCAGGCCCUCCCCGGCCCCAUGUCCCGGGGCUCCAUGUGCCGCUGGUAUGCCCCCCACGCCUCCAGCUAAGAGCUACGUGGAACGGCUGCGUGUGGAGGAGGGCCGAGGGCCUGCCCCAGGGAGGGAGAAUGGAGCAGGGGCUGGGGGAGAGGCGUUCAGCGCCCCCCUGGUGGAGACUGCCUCCUCCUUCAGACCAGGGAAGUACCUGUCGCCCCUGAUCCCCCAGGAGAACAAGCCCUUGGAGAUGAGCGUGCUGAAGAGAGUCAAGGAGUUGUUGGCUGAGGUGGACGCUAGGACGGCUGCUAAACACAUCACAAUGGCCGACUGCACGGUGGCAAGGAUACUGGGCGUUACCAAGGAGAUGCAGAGGAUGAUGGGAGUAGGUUCAGGACUUGAGCUUUUGACUCUACCUCACGGACAUCAGCUGAGACUGGACCUACUGGAGAGGUUCUACACCAUGUCUAUAAUGAUGGCUGUGGACCUGCUGGGGUGUACAGGCAGUACAGAGGAGAGGGCUGCUCUGCUCCAUAAGACCAUCCAGCUGGCUGCUGAACUCAAGAGCAACCUUGGGAACAUGUUCGGCUUUGCUGCUGUGAUGAGAGCACUGGAGCUGCCACAGAUCUCUCGCUUGGAGCAGACGUGGAUGACGUUGCGUCAGAGACACACAGAGGGAGCCAUCCUCUAUGAGAAGACGCUCAAGCCCUUCAUGAAGAACAUGAACGAUGGUAAAGAGAGCAGUGUGCUGUCCAACACGUCCUUCCCUCACGUGGUUCCUCUGCUGUCUCUGUUGGAGAAGGGUGUGGCCGUGGGGGAGGGGCCAGGGGCGGGGAUAGAACCCUGGGAGAACGUGGAGGCGGGUGUUGAUGUGGUGAUGUCACACCUGGAGGCGGCCCGGACCAUCGCUCACCACGGGGUGCUGUACCGCACCAAUGCUGAAACCAAACUACAAGGCUUCCAGGAGAGUCAGGAAGUUCUGGAGAUCUUCCGGACAGAGUUCCAGAUGAGGUUGCUAUGGGGAAGCAGGGGUUCGGAGGGCAGCCAAUCGGAACGCUAUGAGAAGUUCAACAAAGUCCUGACCGCUCUGUCUCACAAGCUGGAGCCUCCUGUACGCCACAGCGAACUAUAGCACCCAUCUCACUGAACACCCCUAUACAAAGCACUGCGCUCACAGUGGUACGACCCGCCUCCCCAUACUGCAAGGCACCUUGAUGUGGAUGUCUCACUGUAUACCACCCCAAAAAAGGCACAAAGGGCUUUGUUCAGAGCUCUUCAAUAGGCUGUAAUAUUUCCCUCCCUAAAUGCUGAAAGACAGAGUGGGUCGAGGAGGAGUGGGGAAUUGGGUAUUCUUCUACCCAUCAGCAAGCUACAAAGAACAACAGGUAUGGUGUGCGCUGAGGGUCAAACAGUGCAUGAGAAGUUGGAUCUAGCUGUUCUCUGGUAGAUCACAUGAAGCUCUGAUCUGUCUUCAACACCUUCAUUAUUACCCUUACUAUUACGUCUGCACUUACUGGCUCAGUGUCGCACACUGUUCUGUCAGAGAGUAAUAGUAAACACAGUGUGUGUGUUCUGUCUGCCUUGAAGAGAGACUCCUAUUUAACACAGUGUGUGUGUACUUCAGGACACCAGUACCCCAGAGAUACAUCGGCAUCUAUGACCUCUGACCUGUCUCAUCGGACCUCCGCUUCUGACUGAGAGGUUGUGUGUUCUAGAAUCUGUUCUUCUUGUAUAGACUCUCUGUGUGGCUGCCAUUCCUUCAUCACAUAGCCCAUCAGGUCCCCUGUUGUUGACACACGCAGUGUGCUCAUACAGACAGACACUUAUCCGCCCCCACAACACACAAUAAUGUUGCCAAGUCAUAUCAGCUGUUUGAGGCAUACUAAGCAGUUCUCUCUGUGGGUUUUGUUUGUGUGCUGUUCAGAAGCAGUUCUCUCUGUGGGUUUUGUUUGUGUGCUGUUCAGAAGCAGUUCUCUCUGUGGGUUUUGUUUGUGUGCUGUUCAGAAGCAGUUCUCUCUGUGGGUUUUGUUUGUGUGCUGUUCAGAAGCAGUUCUCUCUGUGGGUUUUGUUUGUGUGCUGUUCAGAAGCAGUUCUCUCUGUGGGUUUUGUUUGUGUGCUGUUCAGCAGCAGAUCUCUCUGUGGGUUUUGUUUGUGUGCUGUUCAGAAGCAGUUCUCUUAUUGAGGCUCUUCUGAGAAGCCUCCCCUCUCCUCAUUUCUGGCAUGUCAUCCAUAUGACUCUGGUUUUGUUUGAGUACUGUUUGGUAGCCUUUAUUUUAAUAGGAGCUACUUUGGGAAGCAUUCCUCUCCCUCUCCCUCUCCUUAUCUCUGGCAUGUCAUUCAUGUUUCAUAAUGACUCCUGUCCCAUUGACAUCAUAUGAGCAUGUUUGCCUUGUCCUCACUUGUCACAAACACACCAUUAGAAAUAUCCUUAAAGCACUCUGACCUGUUUGAGUCAAUGAAUGUGCUUUUUUACAUGUAAAAACACUGACUACUAUUUUCUUCAAUUUUAUUUAGAUAACAUUUUUCUGUGUGGUUUUAUUGCUGACCGGCACAUUUUGUUGCCAUGGUAACAUAACAUGUUUGAGCCUCUGCUGUUGCCGUAUAGGAUUCAGGUUUUAACCAGUGUGAAUGAAUGUGCUUUAGUCUGAAAGUGACCAGAAUGUUCUCAGGGCAGAAUGGAGGCCCCCUCAGAUCUAGCCUGGUCCCAGACCUGUUUUUGCUGUCUUCUUGCCAACUUCUCUGGUCAUUGUCAGCCAAAGAAUCUAUACGAGAUUGCAAAACAACAUAAAUCGAUGUGGGAUCAGGCUACCUCAACCCCCCUCAGUGACUGUAUGAUGUGUUUUGCUUUGUUUGUAUGUAUGAUAACGUGUGUUUGAUGUGAUAUGGACAGAGUGUUGAAAAGGACAUUUAGAUUUUAAAACCAUCAAAAGCGUUUUUGAUUUCACAUAUUCACUGUAGGAUCGUGCGAUUUUCACUCACUCAAAUUCAUAAAAUGUUCUCUUUUUAAAUUGUAUUGUUGCUGAAAUGCUUUAGUAAAAUGCAACAUCAAGAUGAGGGCUUAAAGGAAUCUGUCAACGUCCUUGGAACUAAAUACAGUGUGACCUUUGACCUUUUGAUCAAAUAAUACCUGGCAACCUUUCCUCUGCCGACUCCUAAGCAGUGUUGCGUUGAAACACAAAAGCACUAUGAAUGAAGAUGACGAUUUAUUUUCGAUCUGUUUGUUGAAGUGUCAGUGUCUGCUGAUUGCUUUCCAAUCCAUGAUGUAUUUAGGCCUGAGAUAGAGAGCUGACUCUCAGAUCUAUGCAAUCACUUUUAAAUCCAUUAAGAGUCCCAUAGAAAACAAGCAGAGUAGACACUGCUGCCCCUGAGGAUGUGAGUCGUGUCCUACUGGGAACAAUCCACUUGAACGCCCCUCUAACUGGUAUGUACUACUGGGAAACUCGUCUAUCAUCCCUGAGCUACAACUUCUCCCACAUGCUGACCUCUGACAUCACCUACUAAGAAAAUGACCUUGAUAACAGCAUUUGAGAGUUCAAUGCAACAACAAAACAAUUUAUAAAAAGCGAUCAAUUAAUAUGGGUUUUGAAUACUAUAAUUGGUUUACAAGCAUGAUAGCUGUACUUUUAGUUUAUGGUGGAGCAGCUUAUUGGCAAUUAGCCAAUCAGCAUUCCUCAAUGAGUUCAAAGCACGUGAAUGCAUCCAACUGGUAUUUACCACUUUACAACUGGUAAUAACCACCUUCCUACUUGGUUAUGAAUGCAGCAUAAGUGCCAGCCAGCCAGAAAGUGCAUCGCAGGUCGUAUUCAUAAGGCACCAAACAAAGGAAAACGUACUGAAACGGGGAGGGAUUAUCAAUUUUGUUUUCUGUUGCAAAACUUUUUACUACAGUGUGCCCUAAUGAACACGACCCCAAUCAGCCAGUGAGAAUAAAGGGGAGAGCCAAAGUCCAAUUGCCUCUCUUGUCCAGUAGAGGGCACUAUAGUUCAGUCAGCAAAAAAAAUAAAAAUAGAAGACACCUUGAUUUGAAUCUUUUUUUGAGUGUUUUUGUGAUUUAUUAAUAAAGCCUACUGGUUUAGGAACGAUUUGAUGAUGUACUGUAUGUAAUUAUGUUUGUCUCACCUUAUGUUGUACAGAUUACAUGUGCUUUCUUUCCUGUUCUAAAUAAUCAUUCUGAAAUGAUGAACCUAUAAAGAAAAAGGACAAUAAACUCCCAUGUUUGUGACCCCAUGUUUUUUUAAUGUACUGUACAUAAUGGUUCACUUGUUUUUCAAAUAAAAUAAAGCUCGAGUCAAUGACG